UUGGUCUCUUCCACUUCCUGUUUCUAGAGUAUAAGAGCCAAUUUCAACUAAUCAUGUGGAUGAAGGACUCAAACAUGGAGCCAGGAAACACCAACAGGUUUCAGGAAGAAUGUGAAACUGGAGCUGCUGCGACCCUGAAGCUCCGUCUCCUCCUCUGCAGACCGCUAUGUCCGACACAGGAACCUGUACCACAGGCAAACCCCGGGGUCAGUGUUGGUAGGUGGGACUGCCUGCGUGGUUGACCCUGCCCUGGGUGACGGGGGACUCCAUGGUCUGGCUCAUCCUCGCCACACAGCCCGCACCACCACCGCAGCCACCUUCUUGUUGAUUGUGCGUUCAUAUCAUCGCUCCCUUUCCGUGCGGCUCGACUCACCGGAAAAUGGCGAAGGAUUCGAAGCCCCCGAGCGUCACCGGCCACUGCGUCCUCUCUCUGCUGAUGCUUAAUUGCUGCUGGCUGCUAGGCUCCGCCACCCAGAAGCCCGUCGCGUUGGCGGACUCCCAGCAGCCCCUGCAGGAGUAUGCCCACUCCAUCCGGCUGGAUGGGGACAUCAUCCUUGGUGGACUGUUCCCUGUGCACUCUCGUGGCGAGAGGGGCGUCCCCUGCGGCGAGCUGAAGAAGGAGAAGGGCAUCCACCGGCUGGAGGCCAUGCUGUUCGCCAUCGACCUCAUCAACAAGGACCCAGAGCUGCUGCCCAACGUGACGCUCGGGGCGCGCAUCCUGGACACGUGUUCACGUGACACCUACGCCCUGGAGCAGUCGCUCACCUUCGUCCAGGCACUCAUUGAGAGGGACGGCUCCGACGUCCGCUGCGCUAACGGAGACCUGCCCAUCUUCGCCAAGCCGGACAAAGUGGUAGGCGUCAUCGGGGCGUCGGCCAGCUCCGUGUCCAUCAUGGUGGCCAACAUCCUGCGACUGUUCAAGAUCCCUCAGAUCAGCUACGCCUCCACGGCUCCGGAGCUCAGCGACAACACCCGCUACGACUUCUUCUCCCGCGUGGUUCCUCCGGACUCCUACCAGGCUCAGGCCAUGCUGGACAUCGUCACGGCGAUGGGCUGGAACUACGUGUCCACGCUCGCCUCCGAGGGAAACUACGGCGAGAGCGGCGUCGAGGCCUUCGUGCAGAUCUCCAGAGAGUCAGGUGGGGUUUGCAUCGCUCAGUCUCUGAAGGUCCUUCGGGAGCCGAGACCCGGCGAGUUCGACAAGAUCAUCCUGCGACUGAUGGAGACGCCCAACGCCCGCGCUGUCAUCAUGUUCGCUAACGAGGACGACAUCCGGUCGUCUGGUCCUUGUGAGAUCAUGUGCAACUACCAGUGUGCCAUGAAGUGUGCCAUGAAGUGUGCCAUGAAGUGUGCCAUGAAGUGUGCCAUGAAGUGUGCCAUGAAGUGUGCCAUGAAGUGUGCCAUGAAGUGUGCCAUGAAGUGUGCCAUGAAGUGUGCCAUGAAGUGUGCCAUGAAGUGUGCCAUGAAGAGGAACUCAUUAGUGCUGAGUAAUGAGCCUCCUGCUAAUACAGCUGCAGAAUGA